GGGCGUCAGGGUGCAGCGACAUCGAGGGGACGCUACAUCGACGGUCAGACGACAUCGAAGAUCGAGGUCACGACUUGUUGGAUCCUGGUGGGGGGGGGAUGAAGGGGGUUGCAGGGAGCAGCGGUGUGCGGGGGGUCUGGGGGUGCCCAAUUCAACCCGCUGUCCGAGAACGAGAUGGCGAAGUUGAGGCGAGGGAACAUUGUUUGGAACUACGUCACCGCGGGCCAGUACGUCGGGGACCAGUCGAAGAUGCACGGGGACCGAAAGUUGCGUUGCAACUUAUGCGGCCACCUGUUUCAGGGGGGGUCGUCGAAGGCCACGCGUCAUUUUACGCAGUCGAAGUUCUGCAAGGCUGGGGGGAUGAGAGUUCUCGCGGAACUCUGGAACGGCACGGACUACACAUUUGUGUCGUCCACUGCUCAGCGGGUGCAAAGGUGGAUGGCAGACGAGGGCAUACGGGACACGAGAGCGCCCGCAGGUGGCCAGAGACAGCGUAUGGACGACGCAGAGAGGGACGACAUUCAGGACGCCCUCGAUGAGGAGGAGGGCCGCGAGGGUGGGGCCAGGGAGGGGGCGGUUGCAGACGAGGCAGACGAGGCAGUCGGAGAGCCUAACCUGCCAGGGGAGGAGGUGGUGAUGACGUCGAGAGGCGUCGGUGGAGCGGGUCCUGCUACUAGGGCGCCGCGAGUGGAUCUACGUGAAGAAGUUGCCAUUCAACACCUUCCGAGGUCCGGAGUUCCAGAGGGUGCGGCAGGCAGCAGAGAGAGUGCCUCGCUCUAUCCAGUUCCGGUUUCCCUCCUUCAGGAAUACAGCGGGGGCCGGUAUCCCUUCGCAGAGGGCGAAGGUGGCGACGAUGGUGAGCGAGGUGCGCGCCACUUUCCGGCACAGCGGUUCCACUAUCCUUUCCGACGGGAGGAAGUCAUGCAGCGGCAAGCCGCUCGUGAACUUCCUGGCCGGGGCGCCAAUGGCGCCCUGCUGUACGCCACCGUCGCACGUGAUUGGUCGGUCCGAGACACAGCGGACGUCGUGUACCGUAGGUGGCGGGCCAUCAUCUUGUCCUUUCCUGCAAAGAACGUGAUCGGCUUCUGCACAGACUCCGCCAGUAACUAUACGGCGGCAGCGCGCAGGUUCGCCACAGACCCCGAGCCUGACAUCAGGAGGAUCACUUGGCUCCCCUGCUCCACCCAUGUCUGCAACUUGAUGUUGUCAGAUAUUGGGACGCGAGUGGUGUGGGUCAAGGAGACCGUCAUCCGCGCUCGAGCACUUGUGCGAUUUAUUAAAUCGCACGGCGCUGCUCACGCCCUGUUUAGGAAGGUGAGCCGUCGCGUUCAGCUCGUCGAGCCCGUUGAGACACGGUUUGCAUCGGUUUUCCUGAUGCUGACGUGUCUCAAAGGCCGACAAGACGCUUUGGAGAGCAAGUUGCACGGGGAUGCUUGGGCACACAUCCCAUGGGAUCGCGCCCACGUAUCUCAGGCGCAGUGGGUGCAGCAGCAGAUCCGGGACGGGGAGUUUUGGCAGCGUGUCCAUUACGCCAUCCUAGUCAUGUCGCCCGUCCACCAGCUGUUGUGCAGGAUGGAUAGAGCGUGGUGGUUCGAGCAUGGACGUGCUCACCCGGAGUUGCGCACCAUCGCCAUCCGUGUCAUGCACUUGUGGACGUUUGCCUCUCCAACGGAGAGGAACUGGGCGGAGCACGAGUGCGUCAGCACGGCGAGGCGCUGCAAGCUUGGGUUCGCCAAACUUGCACAGCUGGUUGAGAUUGCCACCAAUCUCAAACUGGCCUCGUGCGCACGGCAGGGUGGUGGCUACGUGUUGCCAUGGGUUAUGGGGAGCGGUCGGGGAGGGACGGCGGCAGAGGAGGAGGAUGAGGAGGGAGAUGUGGAGCCUGAGGUGUGGGGAGCGCGACCUGAUGGCAGUGUUCCCGAGCAGGAGAUCCAGCGGCAGAUUCGCAUGCGGAGGUUCGCGUGGACGACUCAGGGGAGCAGCAGCCAUGGGGAGGUCUUCGGCAGACAGGCAGGCGUUGGGAGAGACUGGACACAUGACGGCGAGGAUCGUUGGGGGGAGAGGACUCCUUCCGACGCCGGUAUCCGCCCCCGCUCGCCGUCGGUGCUCCGCACACAGGACUUUGAGGACAUAGGGCUUGGCGGGAGCUUGGGAGAUUUGAGUGUCGAGGGACGUCGACGUGCCUCACCGCAGGAUGUGCGCACAUACGAGGACGUUGAGCGGGGCCCUGUUGAGACUGAGGAGGAGAGGGAUGCCCGGUUGGACCGAGAGGAGGAGGAGCGGCUGAGGAGUUUGCCACAGUGGGAGGGUCGGUUCGCGUAUCUCGACGAGCAGCGUCGGCAGAGGGCCUUGGAGACAGGAGGGGAGGGGAGCCGUGACGUCGACGACUCGAGUGUCCCUGAGGAGGCGGUUCAGGGGGAGUUCCAUUAUGAGGGGCAGGAUGCCGCCGCGGGUGUCCCUGAGGGGCAGGAUGUUGUCAUGGGCGGUGGGUCCCCUAGUGGGGGCCGUGGCGACAGCGAGACCGCGGGUGAUGAGGGACAAGAUGGGGAUACCGCGGGUGUCGGUGGAGACGAUGGACCGGACGGCGACGAUGACGACGACCACGGUCCGGAGGACGAUCCUUAUAGGCUCGCCUUGGUGUUGAGGGACCCCACAGUGCCUCCCAUGCGCCCUGACAGCACAACGCACACUUUCUUCGACGACGACGCUUUGGCACAUGCGUUGACGGAUGACCCUUUCGCACACCUGAGCUGCAAGAGCGGCAAGCAGCGGGCCCUUGGGAGGGUAUAUUCACCGCCGCCGUUCACAGUGCAGAGCCCUCACUGGUCGGGUUCCUCGCUCAUCGGCGUUAGAGGGAGGGAGUCCGGUGCGGGUGAGGUGGGGUCCGGCAGACGCAGCGACGGUGGCAGAGAUAGUGCAGGAUCGAUGCCUCCACCGCCCGCACGGACUCCGGAGGGCAGGGUCGACACCGGGGACCGGACGGUGGCACCCGGAGUUGCGCACAAUGGCGGUUCCCAGCCGCCAGUCCGAGGAGGUGUGGGUGGCGGAUGAUGCGACAUAGGGAUGAUGUGCUAAUGAAUGUGUUCUUACAUAAAUGAUGUGUUAAUGAAUGUCCAUCAGUCUC